UAUCGAGAGUCCUCUUGGAGUGGAAUGCUUGGCGCGGACGCUAAAAAAGACCAACAUUGGACAUGUGGGGCAUUCGUCCCAAUCCAGAAGGGGUUUUACCGCAAUUCUCCAGAGCUCCCUUGCAUAACUUCCUCAAUGACAUUCAUACCUUCCAUGUCCCUUGGAUAGAACUCAGCCUUGCUCCUAAUACGAAUCGUCCUUAGAAAACCCUUUUAAAGAGCUUAAAAGCGUGUUAUCGGAUAUGCCGCAUGCGAUAAUGGUUUCUCGAGGAUCAUCGUUGGAAGCUCUACCGAAUGAGCUUCUGGACGAGAUUAUCUCCAAUCUGUCAUAUCCGCCCCCUUCAUUAGCCAGGCUACACCAACCGCCAAGCAGUAAUAUCGUCAAGUCGGGUACCCGGGAUCUGAAGAACCUCUCAUGCACCUCUUCGCGUUUGCUCGAGGUCACACGACCCCGAUUAUUCUCUCACGUUUGCUUUGAUCUCCAGGAUGUAGAUGAGUUUCUCUCCUUUAUAUCCGAUUCAAGUCUAGCUCGACAUGUAAGUUCAGCCGUGGUCAAAGGGCAAGACUUCUCGGAUAAUCGAGAGGAUCCAUUCUGGUGGCGCCGGGCAUUGUCCUAUCUUGAUCCACAGCGCAUUACAGUCAUUGCAUCGCCUUCGUUUAUUGGCAAAAUGGCAGGCGCGCAGAUAUUCGAGGGGCAUAGCUGGGCUUUCCAAACCUCACUUCAGAUCUUGCAGUUAGAGCAGGACACUCGAAGCUCUGACCCUCCACCACUAUCUCAUCUUGGAAAGUGCUCCACGCUACUUGAAGCUCGAUCGUGGUCCUCGCUACUAUUCAACGAGUCUUCUUCUCUCAAGGCUUAUAACCACUAUGAAUACUUCCUGUUUCAGGUUCCUUCACUGUUCAACACAUGGGGCUCAUUAGCGCACGUUAAACCUCGUCCGCAAAAGUUAACCUCACCCCCCGCACUGAGCAAUUUGACGUCCUUUCGGUACACUGCCGUAUUCCCGUUCUAUAAUCAUGUCAAAUUAGUCUUAAAUGCAGUGGAGCUGAUGGAGAAUUUACGGUCAUUGAGUGUCCAGUUAGCACCGUGUGAGGGCGACAAGGCUACCGAGCUAGAACAGAGGGGGUCUAUGGACCCUAGUGACCCUUGGAUGGAAAUCGCUACAGGCUAUUCGCUUAUCGGGCAUUCUGUAAGUAACUUGGGUAGCAGGGGCGGCCUUUCUGAGUUUUGUGCCUGCGACUAUGCAUUCGACCCUCUACGGGCCGAGUUAUCCCCCAUACUGGACGAACUCCUAGACGAAAGUGGAUGGGCCCACAACGGCCAAGGGACUUGGACUAAGAAGACCAUAUGUUCUGCCGCUUGUGCGCCAGCAACAGCGGAAACCAUUGUACAAACAGUCAUUGCUUAACAUAUGGUCAAAGACGAUGCCGCCUUUCAAAACGCGCUGGGUUUGUGUGACCGGGAUUCUCAAGAACCGCUACUGUGAGGCUUUUGUAUAGAAAAAUGUGUUGUACAAAGAAAAUAUAUACAGGGCUAGGGAGCAUUACACAUAUACAGGUCCGAAAUGGUCCUGCUCCCUUAUUCCCUAUCGAUGUAUAUGAUAUUGGUGCCUUAAAGCUAAGGCCUGAGCACGUGGAAUGGAGUUAAUUUUCGGAUGCAGUCUUUUCUUUACCUCUUGACAUCUAAGAUACUAGUGCCAGUAU